UUCACAGAAGCUACGGCCUUUCUUUCUCCCCUUAGCGGUGAAGGUGCAACAGUAAUCGGUCGUCCCGAACCCGGGUUCAUCCGACACCCUCACCAAUCAAGCUGAACUGAGCUCAACCUCCACAGCAGCAACAUGCCUCCCAAAUUCGACCCCAACGAGAUUAAGAUUGUGUACAUGAGGUGCACAGGAGGAGAAGUUGGAGCCACCUCAGCUCUGGCCCCCAAAAUUGGACCUCUGGGUCUGUCUCCCAAGAAAGUUGGUGAUGACAUUGCCAAGGCCACCGGUGACUGGAAGGGCCUGAGGAUCACUGUGAAGCUGACCAUCCAGAACAGACAGGCAGCUAUUGAGGUGGUUCCCUCUGCAUCUGCUCUGAUCAUCAAGGCUCUGAAGGAGCCUCCUCGUGACAGGAAGAAGGUCAAGAACAUUAAACACAGUGGAAGUGUGACCUUUGAUGAGAUCGUGAACGUUGCUCGCAUCAUGAGGCCUCGUUCUAUCGCCAGGGAACUCUCUGGAACCAUCAAGGAGAUCCUGGGCACCGCUCAGUCUGUUGGAUGCACCAUUGAUGGUCGUCCUCCCCAUGAUGUCAUCGAUGACAUCAACAGCGGCAAAAUUGAGUGUCCGACUGAAUAAAUGGACACAAAUAAAAUGUUCAAACACAGA